UGCUUUAACCCUUUAACAACCCCCUUAAUCCCCUUUAAGGUGCUAAGUGCAAAGUGGAAUUCUCACUAGUUCCUCAAGAACUGUACUUUAAAGACAGUUUAUUUCAACAAUGAAUACAUACCCAGGCCUUUCAUUAAAGCGUCCGCUGCACCUCUUAUUUCUUCUCCCUUCUACAUUAAGAGCAGAUGAACAUAACUAAGGAGAUGAAAAACAAUAACUAAACAAGAGAGAGUGAGUAAGAAGGCAAGCAAUUAACAGCCGCAAUAAAGAAGUUUCUGCUGUUGUAUUAAUGGAAUCCCAUCGCCCUUCCAUUAAUUCCCCCCUCUUCUUUAUAUAAUGAAGCAGCAAGCCGCUUCUGUUGUCCCGCGCUGUGCUGAAGAACCAAGCGUCUCAAGGCGUUCAUUGACCAUGAGCCUGAACCGCGGCAAGAACCCGAAGCUGGAGGUGAAGGUGAACGUGGCCGGGAGGCAGCGGCGGGCGCGAGGGGGGCCCUCGACGCGUGCGGAGGACGAUGAGGAAGCAUCGGUGUCGCCGCCGAGCUCGUGUGUGUCUUCGGAGGAGGGCGAAAGCAAGUCGCCGGAGGCGACAGCGUCGUCCCCGCCGAUGAUGCUCGCCGGCUGCCCACACUGCCUCAUGUACGUCAUGCUAUCCGAGAAGGACCCCAAGUGCCCUAAGUGCAAGAGCACGGUGCUCGUCGACUUCCACUGCACCGGCAAGUCGUCCCGGGGCAGCUAGUGGCUGGCCGGCCGACAAGCGAGCGGGAAUUCUAUGGAAGGCUUCGAUCUGUAUGAAAGAUGGAUCGUGACGAAUAAAAAUGAAGUAGAGAGAGUGGACGGUCAAGAUUCAUCCUUCUUAGAAAUCUUUAAAGCAGAGCCUUCUAGUGAAUUUUUGUUCUGGUUAUAAAUUUUGUGAUACCAAAACGUUUUCUUCUCCUCUAAUCUCAUAUUUUAAUCUUCUUUGGAGAAAUUGAUCCCUCUUAAUUAGCUACGUAAUCUAGUUUAAUUAAGUUUCGCAGUCACCUUCGUCUUUGUAAUCUGUAUCUCCCUUAAUCUAGUUUAAUUAAGUAUCAUGGAUGCUAACUAUAAAAAUAGAAAA